UGGCAAUGGUGGCAAAAUUAACUCUAUUGAGUUUUUCUGUUCCUUCUUUGCUUCUUUUUGUUCCUUUACUCGCGUUUUUCCUCCUUCGUACUGCAGCUAAACUUAGGGCAGCCAUCAGGUCCCUCAAGAGACUGGAGACAAUAGCUCGCUCGCCUCUGCACUGUCUCCUCGCAGGUGCUGUUGCAGGCGGCCGCUGCCUCCGCGCCUUCAGGGCAGAUUGUCGUUACUACUGGAGUUGUUUAGAGGCCCUUUUGUUAUAUGGUAAUAUUUCUUAUAAAAACAUUUGCUUACAAGCUUGGCUGUCUCUACGGCUGCAGCUAAUAGGAGCAACGCUGCAGCUACUGCUGCUUGCUGUCUUUGCUCUGCCCCUUUAUUUGUGGCCUCAGCAGCUAGAGAAGGUUCGAGGGGAGUUUGCUGCUCUGCUGGCUUUGAGCUUAUACGCGGUGUCUCCGCUGGUUCGUCUGCUGACGCAGACAAUCACCACAUUUGUCCGUCUUGAGGUGCAAAUGGUCGCAGUGGAACGGGUCCGAGAUUACCUCCUGGUGCCUGCAGAGGACCCGCACUAUGAUGUAAUAACGGAAAGACCGUGGUCCCAGGGAAGGGAUACAAAGGGCAGCAAUGCAUCAUUUUGGUUUAGCUCGUAUUUCUGGAGGAGGAACAGCAAGGCUUCUUCUCUGUCGCUUAAUGCAAAAGAAGAAGAGCAGCUGCCACUACUGCAGCGGCAGCAGACGCAAGGCUGCGCUGCAUGCGCCGAGGAGAACUUGGUAGCGAUCAGCUGUGCAAGGCCAGAGCCUGUUGCUAGGGGACCGGGUUCGUCGCGGCAUGCUUCAACAGCAGCAGCUGCUGCUGCUGCAGCGAAGCUGGCGGUGUACGAGACGCUGCUGUCUCUGGGCGCUCCUUCUUGUGGCCAUCCGAGUGUGGGAGGCAGGCGGUGCUCUUGUACAGAUCAGCAGCAGAAGCAGCAAGACAGCAGCAGCGCGCCGCUGCUGUUUCCUGUUGCUGUGCCUCUAGGAUUUCAAACACGAGGCCGCAUCGAGUUUGAAAGUGUGACGGUGGCUUACAGCGCGGGUGGCAUGCCUGCGCUGAAGGGAGUAUCUUUGACGGUGUAUCCAGGGGAAGUUGUUGGUUUCGUGGGUAGAACAGGAGCAGGGAAGAGUACAAUAUUAUUGGCAUUGAGUAGAAUGGGGUUAGAUACGCCGCUAGCCACAGUCGAUGAAGCAUCAGCCUUGGAAUUCCGCGUCAGAAGAUCUCGCAGGCUUCAAAGCAGUACGGCAGUUUUAGGGGGGGGAGAUGGCCGCGAGCACCGUUCGCGUGCUUUGGGUUCAACAGAUUCUGCUGCUUCCGGGAAAGAGCAGCAGCGGCAGGUGUCUGUAAACCGCUUUGGAGGCGGAGGCGAAGGGGGGAUGCAGCGCAGCAGCGGGGGCGCCAAAGGCAUCAGCAGCAGCAGCCAGAGUGUGCGGCUGUCUUUAGGACAGAAGCAGUUGCUGUGCCUGUGCAGAGCUGUAUUGAGGGAAGCUCCUGUCCUCUGCCUCGACGAAGCUAACAGCUGCAUGGAUCCUUCCUUAGAGAAAGAAGUUCUUAUACCCGUCGUAAAGCGGUGCUUAAGACGCGGGAGUGUAUUGCUUAUCUCCCACCGACUGCAACAUCUACCAGCUGUAUGCCACCGCGUCGGGGUGGUGGGAGAAGGACAGCUGCUUGAGUUGGCCCCUCCUCGCACUCUCUUGCGAGACAAAACCUCUCGCUUUCACGCCCUUUAUUCUGCAGCAAAAGGGAGCACGACAGCUCACCACAGCAGCAGCGGCAGCGGCAGCACGAACAACAGCGCAGCACCGUAA